CAUCUCAAUUAUCUCUGGAUUUAUCUCUAUCUCAAAAAAUAACGUCAAUUUUAAAUUUUUUGUCACUUACGUGUUACUUUUCCUUAAACACAUAAAUUUAAAUUUGCUUCUUUAAGCUCGUCAAGAGUUUGGAAUUAAAGAAUCAGCAAAUAAGACUACUUCUCGUUACGUUGCGAAACGAUCGUGAAUAACCGAGAAUCGUGUUCGCGGAACCAGCAUGGAAGGUUUACAGUAACGGCAGUUGACAUAUUUGUACGAUAAACAGUACCGCGUCAUAUCGAGCGAGCAUUUUGAUAACGCAAGAAUGUAGGCGCGAUUAGUCACGCAACGAUACACAGUGGGAGAGUAGGCUGAAUGGCAGAUCGCGGAUUAUCAUCAUCGGAUAUUGCGACGCUGUCAUUUAGUGCAGGAAUAUAUCAUGUGACACUUUCAACAGUUUGUCGUUUCUGUACGAGCGAGCGUGAUAACGCAACCUAGCACUUAUCACCUUGAAAGAAACGGACGAUCGUUUCCGAAGGAAACUAAGAUCGAGGAGAGGAAGAAUUCCUGGCGCGAUGUUGGAGAACGUUGCGCGCUGUCACCGACAAAAUUGGAUCGCGCCGUCGAAGAAACGAAGAAGCGUCGGGACGAAUGUCGUAGUAGAGGACGAUUCUACGAAUCGGCGAUUCGAAUGAGCUUCGAGCCGAGGACACCUCAUGUCGGACGUCGUCUCGUCGUCGUCGUCGUCGUCGUCGAGAAGCAUGAAUUCAGCAAGAGACGCGGCGCAGAAUCACGUAAUAUUGCAUGGCGUGUGUCACGUGUCGCGACAAGGCCGAGAUAGCUUUCCCUGGUGCAAGCGAGAUUAGUCGGUGCAGGCGGCGGCGAUUUAAUCGGACACUGAGUUAACGCGACGUCUCAAUUGAGAAGAGAAACCUCGACGGAUGUUCGAUCCUCGACGCGGCGUUUAAAGCAGGAAGGAGACAUGUCGAGACGAUCUCGCGGUCGGCUCGACGCGAAAUUAUUGCCUGGCGCCAGCUUGGCAUAAAACAGUCGGUUAUAAGAUAAAGAGCGAGGAAGAAGAGGAAACCCUUUGAGGCGUAUGGCAGAAGGAGAGAGAAGCGUGGGCGAGGGAGCGAGCGAGAGGCGCAAAAUGGGAGCGACGAGAUAUGUGUUAGGCAGCGCGAUCUUAGGACUGUUUUGGAGCAGCUUACUCAAGGGGGUCCUGACCAACUCGACCAGCAGGUGCGACUACCCGCCCUGUUCCUGCGACCACUACGGCCGCUUGACCUGCGACUGCAAGGAGGAGGGAGAGGAAUUGAUCCUGACCACGGAGGGCGACAGACGGCUGAGCCCCCAUACCAGCAGGAUACUCGUGAGCAAUUGCUCGUCCGUGAUACUCGCGAACUCGAGCCUGGCCUCGAUGGUCGGGCUACGGUCGGUGGAUCUGAUUAAUGUGGCGAAUCUGACCUUGGUCAAGCAGAGCUUCGAGCUGUCAUCGCACAGCACGCGCACGCGGAUCACCGUGCGGAACAGCAGCAUCGACGUGCUGCCGAGCUUCGUGUUUCGCGGCGACGUCGAGGCGAUCACGUUCGAGAACGUGCGGAUCGGCCAGCUGAGUGCCUUCUCGUUCGCCAAUCUGAUUCACACGGACAACCUGCGACUGGAGAACUGCCGCGUCGAAACGACGGAGGCGCAGGCUUUCAAGAAAUUCGACGUCGGUCAUCUGCACGUGAUCGGCAGCAGUUUCGGCGAUCAGUUGCCGAGCCGAACCAUGAACGACAUCGAGGUCUACCACAAGUUUAUGCUGGACGGCGUGAGAAUCGGCGUCGUCAGGAGCAACGCCUUCAUCCUGAAGAGUCCGCGCACCGUGGCGAUACAGAACUGCGCGAUCGAAAACUUGGAGAGCGAGGCGUUUGACGUGACGGCGCGUGGCGCCGUCAUCAUCAAAAACAACACCUUCGGCAGCAUCGGCGUGGGCGCUUUCCUGGGUAUUCGCGCGGAUCGCGAGAUCAGAUCGUCACCGCCAUCGUCAGCGUCAGCGUCAUCGUCCUCGUCGUCGUCGUCAUCGUCAUCGUCAUCAUCAUCAUCGUCGUCGUCGUCGUCAUCGUCAUCGUCGUCGCUGGUCCACGGUCUCAUCUUCAAGAACAACAGCGUGAGCAGCUUCGAGGAGGGUUCGCUCGUGUUCGAUCGCGCGAGUUUCCGGCCGGAGAUCGACAAUCUACUUAUCGCGCAGGCCUGUGACUGCCAGAUGUUACCCGUGUGGAAGAACAACGUGCUCAAUUACACGAAUGUGUACUCGCGAUUCUACGUGAGACAAAAUUCGCUCAUGCCGCCCCCACAGUCGCAGCCCCAAGAACCCAUCAACGAGACCCCGGAAACCUUCCUAUGUCUGGACGGCGGACUGGAUGGGGUACCUACAAGCUUCGUCGACUACGAGACGCGUCAUUGUUCGCUCGGUGGUUCCAUGCUCAUUCUCAUUCUGAUCAUCGUAGGCGUCGUUCUCGCUCUGUUGGUGAGCGUGUGCCUCAUCGUCUGGUGCUGCCGAAGGCGCCGACGGAACAACAGGAAGAAAUGGAUCAGCGUACCCACUAACGCGCCCGACGUGGUCUCCAAAAAAAAUGGGGUGAUCGGCCGAGAAGCCGCAACUUCCGGCACCCCGGUUGACAGCAGGAUAACCAUGGUCGUACCGGAUGGCAGGCUGUAUCGCGAAACCGAGUUCCACGUAAUCGUCGAGAAGGCCGAACCUCUUACGACCGAGUUGUAACGAGACGCCCCGGGCGGCUCGACGGCCAGGCCCGCGAUCGUCGCUCCCGUUGAAGAGGAACUCGAGUGGGUGGAAACGUCGAGCCGCUUUCGAGUGUACAAGCUAUGAGAGACGCUGCGCGCGAUCGGCGCCACAGCGAGUGACAGUUCAACAAAAGUGACAUUUCGAGAAAAUAAUAAAAAGUUAGAUCGGUGUUGCGAAUAGAAAAGGACCCUCUUUCCCGACCAGAGGGAAAUUCUCCUCGGACUCGAAUAUAUAGACUGUGUAAAUCGUUGCUGCUUGGGGAAUAAUAGAACGCAAAGCGAAUACGCAGUUCCGAAUCAUCUCCCUUCCCUUCUCCCACGUCUUGUUCUUGUUUUUUUUUUGUUUUUAAUUGAAUCGAUUAUCUCUCCUCUAGUACAAUACAGUUCGUAAGCUUCCAUUUACAUAUCACGAGCGGCCGCCGAUUAUCCGAUCACGCGUUCUUUUCAUUCCUCGAACCGUCCUUUCUCUCUCGAAGGCGGUCACGUUCCUCCGCGGCGAUUAAAAAAUUUUUCGAAACGAGUCACGCGGAUUCGGGUGAUCGGUCACCGCUGCUAGUUAAGUUUAUCAUUAAAUAACAUUCGCGUGAGAGAGAUAGAAAGAGAGAGCGUAAGAGAGAAAAAAAAGAGGGCCAGUGUCAUAGAAGACGAAGCAAUACGCGAUUUAGAAAGCAGAAAAAGAGUAUAACUCGCGUGUAGAGAAAAUCCUAAACUCGCUGUCUUGCGUAAGAUACGCGAUUAGACGGAUCUUUCGCAUUUCUUGUUGUUUUAAGUUUAUCGAUCGAUAAUAAUAGCUCGGUUAUCGUAAAAAUUACGUAUUAGUGAGCGCGUUGAAGUGAAAAUGACGGUACCAAAGGACCAAAAAAAUGGAAUAACCGCUUGUUCGGACAGCUGUGCCAUUCCUGGAGUGACAUUGCACACGAUUCGUGUCCACUCCAUAGAAAAACUGAUCUCUCGAAGAAGGAAGAAAGUGAACGAAAGGCAACUUUUCGCUAAGUUUUCAUAUCAAAAUCGUUCCGAAAUCUAUCGUUUUUAUAGAAAAGAUUGACAGUAAUGUAAUAAAUUAAUGCACAAAAUAAAUCGGCAGGAUCAACUUACCAAGAUAAAAAAAUGUCCCAUAUCUUAUAUCAGUGGCGGAUUUACAAGUUGACUUAUGUCACUUUAUAAACUAUAAUUAAUGUAUAUUUUUUCUCAACUUAAAAAAUUAUAUGUUAAUUAUUUAUAAGUAAUAGACUUAUGUUAAAGUAAAACUUGUAUUUUUUGAAACAUGGUUUUUACCACUUUGUUAAUGAGAAAUACUUGUUAUAUAUUUUUAAAUCAAAUUUUUGUUGGAAAUAUCUUCAAGGAAUAUUAGUGCAAGUGUCCGAAAAUGUAUAUCCGUCAUUGUUUCGUACAUACUUUCCAGAAAAGCAAAAUUAACCGGACGGUAAACUAGAAUGAGUUAAUUAUUAUCCGCGUCGUACUGUAAAUUCUUUUGUCAUCUCGUUAUCAUGUUGUUUUAUCAAUGUCAAUAUGUAAUUUAUUUUUAGCAAACAUUUGCUAUAAAACUUUGCUAUAACUUGGCAAUAAAAAUUGUUGUUACUGUUAUUAUAAUUUACAUUUAAUCUUAAGUACGUUUCUCUGUAAUCAACGCAUUAAAAUUGUUUGCCGUAUGUUAAUAAUGUAAAACGAUGGAAAAUUUCAGCGAAACAAGCUAUUUUGUAAAAAUCAAAAACUUAUUUAGAAUGUAUUGUACAUCCCGCUGAUUAUUUUUCGACACAUUUAAUCUACACACGACAAAAAGAUUUUUUAAGGACCUGAUUAUGAGCGAACGUAUUUCUAGAUCAUAAUGAUGAAAAUAAAAAUAAACCUUUUAUCCCUUUUCCCUCUUCAAUUAAAAGAAGAUGUGUAUAUCGCGGACACAUUGAACUAAUAUUUUGAUAAUCAUAAAAAGACAUCUCGCCAAUUGCAAAAAAAAGACGUAAAAUAAAGCUUAUGAGAGAAACUGUAAUAUAUCGUACGACAGAGUUGAUUUAUUAAUAAACAGAAGAUGAAGAUAA